CUGACCGGUUGGAUCUGGCAACAGCACCCGGAUCCACGGUCACUUUUCUCCAUUGAACCUUAGCCGGCGGUUCUGAUUACUUUUUUCACCUGUUUGUCAUGUUGCUUUCGGCAGAGAUGGCAAGGAAUCUAUAUGAUGUGAUGGAUGUACAUAGCAUGUGGCAUCGGUUGUGUUUCUUGGUGCAUUGUCUUGUUUGCUAGUGUGUGUUUUCUGUUUUUUUUCGGUCCGUUUCAAGGAGUUCAUCGCCUGCAGUGCCUUCGCAUUGCCUUGGAGGUGGGUGUUUGCAAUAGGUGUAUGGUGUUCGUCUCCGGCUGGAAUGUGAUCUACGUCAAGCAUUAUUUCGUUAAGCGUCCGGGGUUUACCACUCCAUUCGUUUCUAUCCCCGUAGGUAGAACUGGUUGGGAAUCUACUUUGCCUCUUAUGAUAGACAUGUUAAUAAUCAGCAUUAUCAAACUAUCUUGUUAGUAGAUCAGACCCACUUAACCCUUCGUGGCUCAAUGACAGCCUGGCAGUGAUGCAGAACGCGUUGUAUUACCCCGUCCGCGAUCGGUCUGCUGAUCUUGCAUC